AUUUAGACUGGUAACUUUACUUGUACUUCAGUAAAAUUUCACUUAAGUAACAGUACUUUUACUUGAGUAUAACAUUUUGUUACUCUUUCCACCUCUGGUAUUAUCAUAGUAGGCCAACUCCUAUCCAUAAUUUGUUUUCUCAAUCAAUAUCAAAAGGAACCGAAACGGAAUGGAUUACAGAACAGGGGGCGGGGUUGUAUCCCGUCAUGCAAGUGGUAGGCACGCCGCAGCGGAGUAACGUGCGUGAAUACAGCUUUUUUUGUUUUGUUGCGUGUACAUUUUAUUUCGUUACAAUCGCUCUAUAAACACAAUAAAAACGCAUAUUUUGAUAGAGCAGAGCUUCGAAUAACAUAUUUUGUUUCAUACUAAUACGGUGAUAUUGGCUGGAACAAACGAACGAGGGUUAAGCUAGCUACUGAAAAUGUCACUGUUUUGUGCAAUCUCCAAUGAGGUCCCGGAGCAUCCGUGCGUGUCACCGGUAUCAAACCAGGUGUUCGAGCGGCGUCUGAUCGAGAAGUACAUCGUGGAGAAUGGAACAGACCCUAUGAAUGGACAGCCUCUGUCUGAGGAACAACUAAUAGACAUUAAAGUCUCUCACCCCAUCAGACCCAAGGCUCCCUCGGCCACCAGUAUCCCAGCCAUCCUCAAGUCUCUGCAGGACGAGUGGGAUGCUGUGAUGCUCCACAGUUUCACCCUGAGACAGCAACUGCAGACCACGCGCCAGGAGCUAAGCCACGCCCUCUACCAGCACGACGCCGCCUGCAGAGUCAUCGCCCGUCUCACCAAGGAGGUCACUGCUGCCAGGGAGGCUCUGGCCACUUUGAAGCCACAGGCGGGUCUGGUGGUGGCCCAGGCAAUCAGUGCUCAGCCUUCCGUCACGGCGGGAGGAGCUGCAGACGCCAUGGAAGUCAGCGAGCAGGUGGGAAUGACGAUGGACAUCAUCCAGAAGCUCCAAGACAAGGCCACCGUCCUGACCACGGAGAGGAAGAAGAGAGGAAAGACCGUUCCGGAAGAGCUUGUCCGAUCGGAGGACCUCGGGAAGUACAGACAAGUGGCUACCCAUGCUGGUCUCCACAGUGCCAGUGUUCCAGGGAUCCUGUCUCUAGAUCUUUGUCCAGCCGACACCAACAAAGUGCUCACUGGUGGGGCUGAUAAGAAUGUGGUGGUGUUUGAUAAGAAGGAGGAGCAGAUUGUUGCCACCCUGAAGGGACACACCAAAAAGGUUACCUCAGUCAUCUUUCACCCCUCUCAGUCGGUCGUGUUCUCGGCCUCUCCGGACAGCACCAUCCGCGUGUGGUCAGUUACGGGGGGCAACUGUGUCCAGGUGAUACGGGCUCACGAGGCCGGCGUUACCGGGCUCUCGCUCCACGCUACCGGAGACUACCUGCUCAGUUCCUCCGAGGACCAGUACUGGGCCUUCUCUGACAUCCAGACGGGUCGUGUCCUCACCAAGGUCACCGACGAGGCAGCGGGAUGUGCUCUGACCUGUGCCCAGUUCCACCCGGACGGUCUGAUCUUCGGGACGGGCACGGCUGACUCUCAGAUCAAGAUCUGGGACCUGAAGGAACGCACCAACGUGGCCAAUUUCCCUGGCCACACCGGGCCCGUCACCUCCAUCGCCUUCUCUGAGAACGGAUACUACCUGGCCACAGGAGCCCAGGACAGCUCAGUGAAGCUGUGGGAUUUGAGGAAACUGAAGAACUUCAAGACCAUCACCCUGGACAACAACUAUGAAGUGAAGUCUCUGGUGUUCGACCAGAGUGGCACGUACCUGGCUGUCGGUGGCACUGACAUUAGGGUCUACAUCUGCAAGCAGUGGUCCGAGGUGCUCAACUUUACAGAACACACCGGGGUGGUGACUGGUGUGGCGUUCGGGGAGCACGCCCAGUUCCUCACCUCCACCGGAAUGGACAGGAGCCUGAAGUUCUACAGCCUGUAACAGCAACUGGAUUCAAAGGACAUACCAGGGGGCUGAGAUAGGCCGACCUCAGCCAGGUCACAGUGGCAAAGACGGCAGGGGAAAACACCACGGGCAUGUGUAAAUGGCACCUCAUUGUCUAUAUAAUGCUUGUCUGGCUACCCAGUAUCCUUGCCCCAGCCAAGCGCCAAGCCCAUGAAGGGGAUUUCCACUCCACUGUGAGUCUGAAUUACCACCUUCCAGUGGUUUAGGAAGCAGACAAGUUCUAACUGGUCCUAGAACCUGAUUUGAUGGGCCAGUGCAAGAACACCCACAUGCAAAUAGGGUUUUGAUUGCCGCUACCCUUUUCCCUUAUCACCACAAAAUACUUUAACAGUGUCACUCGAAGACUGAAUUAUGUAUGGAGCAAUGGAGCAGCAUAGGAAUUCAGUAUGUCUGGCAAAUAUAGUGCCCUGUACACAAGUAAUGAUCUAAAUAGGGAAUAUGGUGCCAUUUGGGACACACAAGUAGUCAAUCCAAAGGGUAACAGUCUGAUUGGAUAAUUAUCUCAGGCUAAAAUGUAAGCCAAGACCAGGGCUGCCCAUCCCUGUUCCUGGAGACUUACUCUCCUGUAGGUUUGCUCUCCAACUGAUUUAGCACACCUGAUUCUUAUUAUUAGCUGAAUGAAAAGCUUAAGUCAUGUUAGUCACAAAUAGGGUUGAAGAAAAAAACCUACAGGACAGUAGAGUUACAGGAAAAGGGUUGGGCAGCUCUAGCCUAGAGUCGUAAUUGAUAUGCUCUGCUGACAAUAGUUCAAACAGGUCAGAUCAGUUUAGAUUUCAGGCUACUUGGAAUGUACAUGUUGGGUCUUAGAAGAAUCCUGGAGUCGUUCACCCAUACAUUUAAGUAAUUAAGCAUAUGCUCGUAUCUACAGAGACAUACAGUGUUUAAGUGCAUACAUUUUCAUAUUAUUACCAGUCAUGGGAUAUUGUCCAUAGUGCAUACUAUUGUCUAAAGUAAAGUAGUGCAAUGUGUAGGGAAAUGUGUGCAAUUUGGACCUAAACAGCUAUGGACAGCUAACACAGAUCAUAUUGUAGAUAGGUUUUUAAUCAAAAUAUGAGUAGAACCUUGUGUAACACACAGAGAGGGAGCAGCAAAAUCACUGCGCCAACAAUGUAGGAUGGAGAUCAACAAUGAUUUAACGCUUAGUGACUCAUUUUGUUGAUUUGUAGUCGCAAUGUGGUCCUCAUUUUACCGUUUGUGAUUUCAUGCAUUACAUUGUCUCCAUCCAUUUACUGAUAUACCUUUUUAAUUUUUCCCACCGUUUUGGUAAAAUGUGAAUGAUUUUAUAAGAGCAUUGUUUUCAUUUUCAAAGAUGAUUUACUGUUGAAAAACAAAACAUGCUAAUUGUCCCUUUCUCCCUCUUAAUAAAAUGCUUGUUUUA